AUGGGAGGAGGAGCACUUGCGCUCGCAACAUUGUCAACUAUCGGUCUCGGUGCCUACGCUGCUGUUAAAAGAGUCCAAUCGAAAAGACCUAAUCCCCUUACUGAUUCUCCACCGAUCAAUGCUUCUUCUGCAGAAGAGGAAGCUUUUAUUCAGGAAUUUCUGAAGAGUGCGGAAGCAGAUGAAAACAAAAAGGGACAACAUUGA